AUGGCCAAAAUGCAAGCGUUGGGGGCCUACGAUCACCAGGGUAUGCAAAUGUUUUGAUGUUAGUUCGAGAGUUAGAAAUGCAAAUAUUUUUAGAAAAAUUUAAAAAAUGCCUAACUUGUAAUUUGUUCUGGAUGAGUGAAAUUGUUUUCUAUCAUAGAACGAAAUCAGCGAGCUUCAGUAGCUUUUCAGUUUCGGAAGGAAACAUCGAGUCUGAUCUAGUUGAAGCCCUCACUACAUUUAAGCGUUUAUUGAAGGGAGACGAAGUCGCGUCGCAGAUCUCAGAAGUUUUACUGAUCGCUGUAGUAAGGAGAAUCAUGUUUACGUGACUUUAUCUCAACACGUAAGUGUUUGUCCGUAAUUCACGCUUGCUGCUUAGCUUCCCAGGCGUCAUUUGAUCGAUAUCAGUGUAACGGUAUGUUCUGUGGUUUCUGCUAUACAUGUUAAAUUAACUUUUAGAGGAAAUCCUUCGCAUUCGACUUUAAAAAGAACUAUAAACGAAAUUUAUGUGAAAUCGUCGAGUAAGGUUGUUAGAUAUAUAGACUUCAAAUGCAAAUCUGUUUGCAUGUUUUGCUGGUACAACCUAGGACAAUACACACUUCAAGCGAAAGUUCAGGGGAAAUUAUAGAGUAACUUGUCUUGUUUUCUCAUUGAAUUCUUGCAGAAAGCUCUAAACAUGGACGUGGAGGAAACCAUUGCUCCCAACAACUCCAUCUUACCUCGAACUGAGUACGAUGAUAAUUUCCUCGUGGAUUUCACAGUCGUGGAAACUGCUUUUGCUGCUGCCGCUUUGCUCGUCAUCAUGAUAGCAUGUUUAACAGGAAACCUUGUCAUUUGCUACGUGGUUUUCCGUAGUAGACGAAUGUGGACAGAAAUGAACAUGUUCUUGGUGAAUCUCGCCAUUUGUGAUAUCGCUAUGACUUUUUUGUCUAUGCUAUCUCCUCUCGAAACUGCUUUAAUCAGGAAGUGGGCAUUUGGCACGGGGCCUGUGUGUCAGUUAAACGCCUUCUGUAACUCUGUCUUAAUUUGCAACACAAUAUUUACGCACACUGCAAUAUCAAUAGACAGGUUUUUUGCCGUGGUAAAGCCAAUGGAAAAAAUUAUGACUAAGAGAAAAGCGUUUUUUAGCAUAGCUGGUGUGUGGAUGUUAUCAGUGGCCAUUACUAUUGGACCUAUGGUCGGCUGGGGUCGAAAUGUUUACAACGCCUCAACAUUACAAUGCGGUUUUAAAUUUCCUGAAAAUGAAUUUGAGAAAUUUUACAUCUUAUGUCUGGCUGUAAUCGCGUUUUUACUACCCUUAAUUAUCAUGAGCUAUGCAUACAUACGAAUUUAUAUCGUUGUACGGAAUCAUACAAGGCGAUUGUCAACUUCUACAAUCGGUAAUUCUCAAUACUCUUUAAUACAAAAUCAAGACAGAAUUGUCUUAACGUUUUUCCUCGCUUUAAUUGUAUUCGUCAUUUGCUGGACACCAUUCUUUGUAUUCAUUGCAGUUGCUGCUUCAGUUUCUUCCCGGGAAAAAAUACCACGUGGCUUAGGAAUUGCAGCUUACUGGUGUGGCUUCAUGAACUCUGCCAUAAAUCCUUAUUUGAUCGGCUUGAGGAGUGAGAAAUUUUAUGAUGCAUUUGUAGCUGUAUUUUGUUGCAGAUUUCAUUCCUGUAAAUGUAAUUCAAAUGAAAGAAAAAACGAAAGCACCAAUCCAAACGAUCAAAUGUUUUGCACAGAUGGGAAAAGAGAGUCGCCAUUGGAACAAACAUCACAAAUGGCACAUGUAGGAGAUGACUAUGCCAAUUCAUUUUUGAACAUGGCUGCUGUUUCUGAUACAAAAGCAACUCAAGAAACGUCUGCUAAAAUAACAAACGACGAGAAGACAAGACAUCAAAGACGACAAGGGAGAGAUGAAACCCCAGGGGUUAUAUAUCCUUGUUAUAUCCAUAUGGUCGAUGGAAAACUCUGGAAUGAGGCCAUUGUUUAA